AUGUCAUCCUCCUGUGGUCCACUGACUGAGGAGCUUCAGUGCUCUAUAUGUCUGGAUGUGUUCACUGAUCCAGUCAGCACUCCAAGUGGACACAACUUCUGCAAGACCUGUCUGAAUAAGUGCUGGGACAACAGCCAGACCUGCAACUGUCCAUACUGUAAAGAAACAUUCAACCAAAGACCUGAUCUCAAGAUUAAUACCACACUCAGAGAGCUCACAGGUCACUAUAAAAAUAAAAAUCCAGAGGAAAAACCUGAAGUUCUGUGUGAUUUCUGUGAGGAAAGAAAGCUGCAAGCCCUGAAGUCGUGUCUGGUGUGUCAGAGCUCUUACUGUGAAACUCACCUGCAGCCUCAUUUGAGAGUGGCAGGUUUAAAGAAACACAAACUGAUGGAGCCUGUGAGUAAUCUGGAGGACUAUAUAUGUCAGAAACAUGAGAGACCUCUGGAGCUGUUCUGUAGAGAUGAUCAGACAUGUGUGUGUCUGAUGUGCACUGUGACAGACCACAAGAACCACAACACUGUUCCUCUAGAAGAGGAGAUUGAAGAAAAGAAGAUGCAACUGAUGAAGACACAGAAGGAUGUGCAGCAGUUGAUCCUGAAAAAAAUCAAAAAUAUUCAAGACAUCAAACACUCAGCAGAAAUCAGAAAAAGAUUUUAUACUGAAGUGCUGGAGAUGAUGGAGGAGCAGCAGAAAGCAGCAGAGAAACAGGAGCGAGAGCUCAUUAAAGAUCUGGAGCAGGAGAUCACUGAGCUAAAGAUGAGAAACACUGAGCUAAAGAUGAGAAACACUGAGCUGGAGCAGCUCUCACACACUGAAGAUCACCUCCACCUCCUACAGAUUUAUUCAUCCCUGUGCAGCCCUACAAACACCAUCUACUUGCCUGAGAUCAGCGUGUACGCUCCUGAUUUGAAAACAUUUCAUGAUGUUUUAUUGUCAUGUGUCUCUACAGAGCUGAAGUGGAUGCAGUACUAUGCAGUGGAUGUGACUCUGGAUCCUGAUACAGUUCAUGCUUAUCACAUCCUGUCUGAUGAUAGAAAACAAGUGAGAGACACUUGGGAGAAACUGUCAAACGAGGCAACUGUGAAACGAGACAACAAAAAGAGAUCUUAUAGAUGUGUACAUGUCCUGGGAAAGGAGGGAUUCUCUUCAGGGAGAUUUUAUUUUGAGGUGCAGGUGAAGGGAAUGACUGACUGGACUUUAGGAGUGGCCAGAGAAUCCAUUGACAGGAAGGGAAAGAUCACACCGUGUCUUAAAAAUGGAUACUGGACUGUGGCUCUGAGGAAUGGUAAUGAAUACAUAGCUCAUUCUGAUUUGUGUCUGUAUAUGAAUACAGUGAAGCCGCAGCGGGUCGGUGUGUUUGUGGAUUAUGAGGAGGGUCUGGUCUCCUUUUAUAAUGUGGAGUCUGGCUCUUGUUUCAACUUUUACGCCGGUCAGUCUUUCACUGAAAAACUCUAUCCAUAUAUGCCCAUGCCUACACAAUGA